AUGGUGAUGAUAACGGCCUCUGACUGCCACUGUUGUUUGGCCGACAGGGAGUCUGCUCAGGCCACGCCGGGCGGCCGCUCUCCGCGAUCUCUCGUCUCGUCGGACGGGGAGGCCGAGCAGGCGCCCGGCGCCGCCGGCGCCCCCGUCGCCAUCCGGCCGGAGCCUCGCUCCGCCGUCUCGCCGCCGCCGGAGGUGAACGGCCUGGUGGCGUCCCUGACGGCCGUGAGCCUGCCUUCGGGCCGCGGCCUGCGCCAGCAGCCGCCGCCCGCCGCCGACGGCGACGACGACGACGAGCCGGCCGCCAAGCGGCGACGCACGCGACGCCGGCGCCGGCGACUCUCCGGCCGUAGCGGCAAAGGUGUCAGCGACAGUGAUGAUCUCACGGAGAGGAGCAACGGUGAUCGCGCGGAGGCCGACCAGAGCAGACCCGACAAACCGUACAAGUACAAUUUUAUGGUUACGUUCGAGGAGAGCGCCGACCGCGAGACGCGCGUGCGGGUGCUGACGGAGCAGAUCGACAAGCUGCGCGAGAAGUACGCCUCCGUCAAGGCCGAGCUGGGCCGCGUCCACCGGCGCAUCAAGAAGCUGAAGAAGAAGCAGCGCGAAGCGCCGGCCCCGCCGCCGCCGCCGCCUCCGCCACCGCCGCCGCCGCCGCCCGCCGAGGCCGUCAAGAAGCUUCGACCGUCGUUUGUGACGCCGUGACAGCGCCCGGCGCCGCACCGUUCCACAGCUGUGAUGUUUUACCUUGGUUCAACCGUGCCGGCCGCGCCCCGGCCGCCCCAGGCGGCCCCGGCGCCCCCGAGCUCUAUUUAUUUUUGACAAGGCGUACCUCAUGCGGCGUGGCCGGUGCGCCGCGGCGCGGGCGCGCGCGCGCGUCACAUGCGCGCCACAGUCAGCCCGUCGUGGCCGCGUUCAGUUGGUGGACUUUGUAGGAUUUUACCCACGGUUUUAUGAUGGGCUGCUGUCGGCUGAUUUUACGUGUACAAAUUAUUAUUUGAAUUCGUUUUAUGCAUCCAUGUGCUUCUGACUCAUUUUGUACAUUCUUGUAAAUAAACUCGCCGGAAAUUUACGCCGUUGGA